AUGGUGCUGUGCCGCUGCCAAUUGCCACAGUCCCUCACGAGCCCCAUAUAUAACGACAGGCACCCCCAUGCCUGCCACUCAGUGGGGGAAAGUGGGGGCGGGGGUGGCUCCGUCCGUCUCUGCGCACGCUGCACACGUCAGUCGGUGUUUGGUCGCCUUGUCGUGAACACUUCCAAUCAGAACGACACUCUGCCCGAGCAGCCAGCCAAACUGUUUCGACAAAGUUUUGACGACAUUUCGGUACAUAUGCCGCUCCUACAACAAGAUAAUGGAGGCGGCGGCGGUAGCUCUAAAGAGAACCGCCGCUCGCUGACAGAGUUCAUCGGCUUCGAUACCUCCCGGUUCUCGGAGCCAGCAGUUGCCCCCAAAAAUGAGCAGCGGCCUAAUGAGGGUGGCAGCAGUACGGCAGCUGAGCGUGACUGGCGCUGGGCUGAGUGGGAGGCUCCAGGGAGCCCAGAGGCUGCCCAGACUCCUCGCUCCCUGGUGCCAGCCACCUGCUUCCCGCCAAGGCAUCCCACAGCCUUCGCCAGCUACAGCGAGAGUGCGCGCCCUGGCGACUGGGCCGAUACCCCUGGUGAAAUAACUGAUCUUGUUGCUUCCUUGAAGAGCCUCACGAUGGUGCCAACUCCCUCAACUGGCAGUCAGCAGACCUUACAAGAACGCCAAAGCUUCGAAGCCACCGAUAAAGCGGUGGAACCGCCGUGGUCAUCGGAGCAAGCUGCUUCUACCUCCAGGGAUGCCAACAAUCUGCCCCGUGGCGCAUUCUUUUGUGGCGUAGUGCGUCGCGGCUCCGAGGGCGAAGCGCUGCGCUGGUGCGGCGCGCUGCCGCCGAGGGGCGCAGACCCCAGCGGCGGCUUCUCCCCCAAGGUGUUCCUGGGCGGGCUGCCCUGGGACAUCACCGAGCAGGCGCUCAUGCACGCCUUGAGGCACUUCCAUCCAGUGCGCGUGGAGUGGCCGGGCCGCGAAGGGGGGCAGGCCGGGGGCUCCGCGAGCGAGGGCUCCGCCCCAAGAGGCUACGCCUACGUCACGUUCGAGGGCGAGCGGCGGGUGCGCGCCCUCCUAGCGGCAGCACGCCGCGACGGCUUCGACUGGUACUACCGCAUCGCUUCCCGCAACAUGCGCAGCAAGGAGGUCCAAGUGAUCCCGUGGGCGGUGUCCGAUUCGAACUGGGUGUGCGGCGGAUCAGCGCGGCUGGAGCCGGCCCGCACCGUGUUCGUGGGCGCGCUGCACGGGAUGCUCAGCGCUUACGCACUCGCGCUGAUCAUGAACGACCUUUUCGCCGGAGUCGUUUACGCGGGCAUAGACACGGACAAGAACAAAUAUCCCAUCGGAUCUGGGCGCGUCACUUUUAACAACGUGCAUUCUUACGUUCGCGCCAUCUCCGCCGCCUACGUGGAGAUAUGCACAGACAAGUUUACGAAGACGGUGCAAGUCGAUCCGUACUUGGAGGACUCCAUGUGCUCCUUGUGCAACUUGCAACAGGGCCCUUACUUCUGUCGCGAGCCGGUGUGUUUUAGGUACUUCUGUCGCUCGUGCUGGGCGUGGCAGCACCAGAGCGUGAACCACAAACAGCUGAUGCGCAACUCGAAGAACUCCCAGAACGGUUUGCCGUCGACGUCACGCCACUCUCCCCCCACCCCCGCCCCCUCUGCACCCGCGCGCCCCCUUCGCCGCACAGAGCAGACCCACAACGGCGGCUACAGCAGACCCAGCGACGGAACGCCCUCACCGCCAUCUAGCGGUACCGGCGAAUUGGAAGCCGCCAUUCCGACUGGUGACGUCACAGGCCCAUGGGCC